AUGCCUUCGUCCGUACAUUCUCAAGAUAACGACCAAUCCAUGGUCGACGCUCAGAACCAGGAGCACGAGCAAACCGAGCAGCAGCAGCAGGAGCCGGAGCCGGAGCUCGAAGAGAAGCGCAUUGUCGUUUUACCCGGCGCUACAGACACAGCAGCCUCGUUCCAGUUCGAGGGCGAGGGACAUACAUUAGGGAAUGCGCUCCGUUAUGCGAUUAUGAAGAACCCCGAUGUUGAAUUCUGUGGAUACACAAUUCCGCACCCCUCAGAGUCGAAGAUGAACAUUCGGAUUCAGACAUAUGAUACAACAACCGCAGUCGAAGCUCUAGAAAAGGGCCUCGACAGCCUGAUGGAUCUAUGUGACGUCGUAACAGACAAGUUCACUGAUGCGCGGGACACGUUCAAUGCGGAGCAGGCGGAUAGGAUGGAGUCAUGA